CCGUAGCGUAGGGCGGGCUGGGCGGAACUCCCAGCAUCGCAGGUGGCGGUGGGCUGCGCGGUUCCGGGGCUUCCUGGCGGUAGGAGAACCCGGCCGUGAGGGCACUCUGUGGCCCGGGAGUCGGUGACACCUGUCGUGGGAAGCCAGCGGAUACGCCUGGGAUGGUGGAGACCAGAGAUCUGGCACAGCUGCGGCAGCUCAACCUGGAGCUCCUGAGGCAGCUGUGGGUCGGACAGGAUGCCGUGCGGCGGUCCGUGGCCAAGGCGGCCUCAGAGUCAAGCCUGGGCUCCAGCGGCAGCUACGACUCAGAGAUGCCGUCAUCCCCAGAGGCGUCCUCAGUGGCCUCGAGAGCCUGCUGCCCACAGGAUGCCCACCAAGGUGACCCCUGUGGUAGGGACGGGGCCAGCUCCGGGGCGGUGUCUCUCCCACCUGCCGGGUGCCUCCACCCGGAGUCCCCGGACCCACUGAGGCCCCGCUCGGCUCCCCUGCUGGCCACCUCAGGCUUGAGCGACCCAGAGCUUUCAGCACAGCUGGACAGUCUAGACACCCAGGAGGCACGGGCCCUGAAGUCCAUCCUGGCUCAGCGGAGCAAGCUGUCCGAGCCAAGAGUGACCAACAGGGAGUCUCCCAUGCCUGAGAAGAGCUGGCGCCUCAGACCGUGCCUGGGCUACAACUGGAUUGCAGGGUCUCUGGACAACAGCUCUCCCGUCACCAGCAAGCCCGAGGCCUUCUUCUCGAAGCUGCAGAAGUUCCGGGAAGCCAACAAGGAGGAGUGUAUUUGCAGUGACCCCGAAUCCCAGUUCCUAGGCCUGCAGGAGAGGGGUGCUGUGGAGGGGGACCACGAAUGUGAGUGUGUGUAUUGUUACCGUGUCAACCGGCGCCUGUUUCUGGUGCCUUCGGAUCCCGGCACCCCCUGCCGCCUGUGCCGGACACCACGGGACCAGCGGGGUCCAGAGACCCUGGCAGAGCCAGCGCAGGUCAGGGUGAGCAUCCCGCUGUCUGUCCUGGACCCCCCGCACCGGUACCGCAUCCACCGGCGGAAGAGCUUCGACGCCUCCGACACGCUGGCGCUGCCCCGGUCUGAGUCCUGAGGACGGUGAUGUGGACCCAACUCCUGCAAGAAGAGCUGCCUUACCGCCUGGGGUUUUGCAGGGGUGAGCUCCUGGCAAGGGGGGCCCUGGGGGCUGAGCUCUGCCUGACCUGGUCAUUCUGAAAUCAGAGGCCCCACCCGGGAAGGAUGCAGGCUGGGGAGAGCUGCAAAGCAGGCUCAAAAUUGGGGCUUGAGAUGACUCAUUUGCGGCUAUUUAUUACCCAUUUCCAUUUCUCGGUCUGAUUGGGCUGCUCCAGGGCCAAGCCUCCUCCCUUCUGGGUGCUGAGUAAGCAGCCCGGCCAGUCCUGCCCACCUCUGGCCUCGCCCUCAGCCCUCAGCGCACUCGGGCCCCUUGGGGCUGCUGGAAGUUCCCCCUAACUGCCCUCAUUGAAGUCUUCCCAGCAGCCCUACUCUGCUGGUUCUCGUCCUUUCUCCCCAGCCCGUUCGUUCUUCCUUCAGGUCGCAGCUUAAAUGUCACCUCCUCCGGGAAGCCCUCUCUGACCACCACACGCACCACGUCACAGUCUGGUUAGGUGGCCUUGCCAUGUGCUUCUGCAGCACUCGCUUUCCCUCCUAACAGUCACCAGUGGGUGACUAAUUAAUUAUCCCCUUCUCCCAUCUCAGCUGAAGGCAACUCCAUCCUUCCAGUUUCCCAGGUUCCCUUGAGUCGUCCUCAAUGCCUCUGUCAGCCAAUUCUGUCCAUUCUCCCUUUCGAAUCUGGCCCCUUUUCACAUCCUCCAUUGCUCCCUCCUGGUCCAAGCCUCUAUCACCUCUCCACUGAAUGCUCUAGUCGGCCUCCUACCUGGCCUUCCUGCUUCCAUUCCUCCACCCCACCCCCCAGCCCUAUUUCCAACAUGGCAGCUGGAGUGACCCCGGCAAAACCCAAGUUAGGUCAUGCUUCUCCUCUGCUCAAAGCUCCUGAGUGGCCCCCAUCUGAGUGAGAGUAAAAGCCAAAGUCCUUACAGAGACCACAGGCCCUGCACAACCCUGCAUUGCUCCUCUGACCUCACCCCCUGCCAGCCCCCCGGGCUGGUUCACCCCACCUCAGGGCCUUUGCACUGGCUGCUCUGUGCUCCCUCCCUCUCAAUCUUUCUUCAUGUCUUUGCUCAAAAGCCACUUUCUCUGUGAGGCCUUUCUCGAUCACUUUAUUUAAAUGUGUACUCCUCCGCCCCAGCAUACCUGCUUUUUGUCCCUUCCCCUUAUUUUUCUCUACAGCACUUUCCCCUCAAAAAUCCCAGCGCUUUACUCAUUUAUUUUCUGUGUUGUCUGUCUUCCCCUCACUAGAAUGGAAACUCUUCAAAGGCAGGGCGUUUUGACUGUGUUCACUGCUGUAUCCUCAGCACCUAGCCCGGG